CAUCUCUAUCUAGAAAGAACAUCGCAGCAAAUGUUAUAGUUUAGUAAAUGUAUUGUUAUAAGCCAGUUGAAAAAAAAACGGAAUAAAAUCUUGGCUUUGCAAUUAAGCAUAUUUUCGAAAUGGACACAAGGAUUUGUUUGCUGUUUUUGUUCACGAUUUCACCAUGCAUCGCUUUAGAAUGCUCUACCUGUAUGCACGUUACCUUUAAAUACUUCAACAUGCCGGCCCAAACCGAAAGCAUAGUUAAUGGAAUGCUGUCGUCCCUGACUUAUUUACGGGACGAGUCAUGUGCUAGCAACACAGCCCCGACGAAAGCUUGCGCAGUUGCUGUUCGAGGUCUUAUUGACACGUGCAGUAGCUCCACAUUCACCAUGACGUGUAUGGGUUACUUUCUGCUGCCAGAUGUCGGUCUGAAUAUAACGGUAGUGACGCGUCGGUGCAUCGCAUUGCCAGAAGGCACCGAAGACUCUUGCCGCACGAUUGAUACACUUGUAGACGCCAAGGGUCUAGGCUAUAUUAUGAAUGUACUCGAGGCAAUGAGAAACACGUUUGUUUCCAUCAAAUUUAAUGGCAACUACUGCACCAGAUCUGACACGAUACCUGCGAAACAAAAAAGUGCCUCAUCAACGAUACCCCUCAUGCCAUCAGUUGCGGUUUUGAUAUUUGUUUUGUAUCUUGUAUAAAAUCAUAAUUGAAAAUCAUUCCUGUAAGGGGGAUUUCGAAGAGUUUGCAAGCAAAAUGUUGCAUCUAUAUCUUAUUUAUGAAAGUCUUAUCCACAUACAUUCAUUUAAACCAAGUCCACAUUGUACAAUAUAAUAAUAUGCAUGUGGCCAUUCUUUUAUAGAAUAACAAGGGACUAUCAGCACAUAUAUUCAUAUAUACAUAUCCUAACACUGUCAUUUUACAAUAAUGUAACAAUAUAAUCUAGCAUGGUAAAAUUAUGUUUGGUCUUAAAAAUGAUAUUAUGUAUCAUGUUUGCGUAUGCAUAGACGUUUUAAAACGAGCAUUACACGUCUUUGUAUAAUUUGGACAAUACUCUUUCUGAAACUAUAGAACACAAAGACCUUAUAUGAUUUAUAUUAUUUAAAGAACGUGUUUAGAGAUUUUUAUGAGGUUUUGAUUAAAGAGAUUCUUGUUUAACAUGAAGAAGAUCCCAUCGAUUUACUCCAAAGGAAUCAUACAUAAUACAUCGUUGAAUGUAAAUCAAGAUGAUAAAAACACGAAAAAAAAAAAUCAUUAAAAUGGACGAAUCUAAUGUCUUGCAUUAUUCAGGAUAUCUGAGUUAGAAUAUUAAACAUCAGUUAUUGCAUAUUUAUUUAAUAUUGUUUUUUUUUCUUAUAUUUCCCAAUAAGUGUUUUGCUUAAAUAUCUAUGAUUCCAUUUUUUUCAGUAGCGCAAACAAUAUAUGCUUACUCAAGAUUUCAUUGUCUAUUAUUUAAAGAAUAACAUUGGUUGUGCAGUUUAUAAAUAUAAUUGCCUUUUCCCAUAAAGUGUUUGCUUUAUUUACAUAUUAGAUUGCAACUGUUAACUGGAUCAAAUUUGCUCUCGUUUAGAUUCAUGUCUAUAACUGUUAAUUCACAUUAGCCUUGUAUACCGGCAAAACAAAAAUAAA